CUGAUUAUUAUUAUUAUAUUUGUAUAUUUUAAUGAUGUUGUGAAUAGGUGAUAUUUUGACACUCUACAGCUCCAGUGCGUAAAACAUGAUUUUGUCACGGGUGAAACCUGCUGUGGGGGGUGAGGGAUCACUGAGCUCCAGUGAGAAGAAGAAAAGGAAUAAAAAUAAAAAGAUCCCUCGUGUGGAAGAGUACCUGAUCCAGAGAGAUUACCUGGGUGCUGUCACACUGCUUGAGUUUCAGAGGAAUGCAGGAGGUGCAGAGGAGAACACUGAUCUCUGGAUUGGAUACUGCGCAUUUCAUCUAGGAGACCACAAAAGAGCAAUGGAGGAAUAUAAAAGGCUGACUCUGAACCCUGACUGCCCCACUGAUGUUUGGGUGUAUCUGGGCUGCGCUCUGUUUUUCCUUGGCCUCUAUAAAGAAGCAGAAGAUACGGCUCUCAAAGGUCCUAAGAGUCAGCUGCAGAACCGGCUUCUGUUUCACCUAGCACACAAGUUUGGUGAUGAGAAGAAGCUGAUGGGGUUCCACCAGGAUCUGGAGGACGUGACAGAGGAUCAGCUAAGUCUGGCCUCCAUCCAUUACAUGAGAUCUCACUAUCAGGAAGCCAUCGACAUUUACAAACGAAUUCUCCUGCAGAACAGGGAGUUCCUGGCGCUGAACGUGUAUGUAGCGCUAUGCUAUUAUAAACUGGAUUAUUAUGAUGUAUCUCAGGAAGUUUUGGCCGUGUAUCUCCAGAGCGUCCCUGAUUCUACUAUCGCCCUCAACCUCAAAGCCUGUAACCACUUCAGACUGUACAAUGGCAAAGCUGCUGAGGCUGAGCUGAAGAACCUGAUGGAUAUCUCCUCCAGCUCGUUUGAGUUUGCUAAAGAACUGAUCCGACACAAUCUGGUGGUGUUUCGGGGAGGUGAAGGAGCGCUACAGGUUCUCCCUCCUCUCAUCGAUGUUAUCUCAGAGGCUCGCCUCAACCUGGUCAUCUACUACCUACGACAAGAUGAUGUUCAGGAAGCGUAUAAUCUCAUCAAAGAUCUGGAGCCCACCACCCCUCAGGAGUACAUCCUUAAAGGAGUGGUGAACGCUGCACUCGGACAGGAAAUCGGAUCGAGGGAUCAUCUGAAGAUAGCACAGCAGUUUUUCCAGCUGGUUGGAGGUUCAGCUAGUGAAUGUGACACCAUCCCAGGUCGACAGUGCAUGGCCUCCUGCUUCUUCCUGCUCAAACAGUUUGAAGAUGUUCUCAUCUACCUCAACUCUGUAAAGAGUUACUUCUACACAGACGACACGUUUAACUUUAACUACGCUCAGGCUAAAGGUGCUCUAGGAAACUAUAAAGAGGCUGAAGAGGUGUUCCUGCUUAUUCAGAAUGAGAAGAUCAGGAAUGACUACGUGUAUCUGAGCUGGCUCGCCCGCUGCUAUAUUAUGAAUCAGAAAGCUCGGCUGGCGUGGGAACUUUAUCUGAAAAUGGAAACUUCAGCCGAUUCCUUCAGCCUCCUGCAGCUCCUCGCAAAUGAUUGUUACAAGAUGGGACAGUUUUACUACUCAGCGAAGGCUUUUGAUGUGCUGGAGCGUUUGGAUCCGAACCCGGAGUACUGGGAGGGAAAACGGGGCGCCUGUGUGGGAAUCUUUCAACUCAUCCUGGCAGGACGGGAACCCAGAGAGAGUUUGAAGGAGGUGUUGCCCAUGUUGCGCAGUACGGGGAAUCCUCAGGUCGAGUACAUCAUCCGAAUCAUGAAGAAAUGGGCUAAAGAUAACCGAGUGGCUCUCUGAUACUGCAGCACUCACUCAUCAUAACCUCCUGUUUUAUAUGAAAUAUUAUUAUUGUGUAGAACUCAUUCUGUAUUUUCAUACAUGUCCACUUGUUUAGUCCACAGAUGGCUUUCUAUAAACAUAAAGCACAAAUAUUUUGUAAAUAAAACAAAAAAAUAUAUAUAUUCAUCUUUUGUCAGGCAGAACUGUAAGAAUUGUUACUGAUAUACUGAAAAUAAAUGAUAUAAGAUUUAUUAAUAAAUGUGUUAAUCUUUUGAUGUUUUAAAUAAUUAUAAAUAUGAUUCAGGUCAUCAGCCUAAGUAAACAAAUUAUCUGUAAUGUGGAGAAAUAAAAAUACUUUUGCAGGGUGUAACAGCACUUAA